ACUACUCGCUCAAAAAGUCGCCAUUUUGGGAUCCGGUCACCGUUUUGCUAAUACACCGGACUUCGCUUGGCGGAUUUUGAAGCGUAGCAUUUUAUUAAAACUUCACAGAUUGCUUUUAUUUAUUUGUUCAAAAUUCACACACGCAGGUUAAAGGAUGGUGCAGAACUACAAGCAGGCGUCAGGAGUGUGUUCUCCAUCUAACACGGACGAGUUCCUCACACCAGCGCACGAGGAGAACGUCCGCUUCAUCCACUACACCUGGCAGUGUGUGAUGAGGGAGAUGCAGUCCUUUCAGGGAACCGAAAACAGCAACAAAGGACCUCAGAAGUACGUGGAGAGAACGCCGAACCCCAGCCUGAUCUCUUUCACGCCGGUGGAUUUGAACAACGUGCGACGGAGGAACGCGCAGGACUCCAAAAAGUCGUAAUGACAAGGCCGUCGCGUCUCCUGCGCGUCUCGUGCGCGUCUCCUGCGCGUCUCCACAAAGCUGUCUGUGUUUUAUUUGAUUUAAAUGGACUUUAGAUACGAGGCGUGUGUCCUAUCCUUGUGUACGAGGAGCUGCGGCCGGUAUUUAUUCUGCUCUUCUGCACGUUUUGUUCUGAGGUGAGUUAUAGAGGCACUGCGUUCUUCCUGCGCUUUAUUUCCUGUACGGUAAACGUUCCUCCUGCUCCGGGGUCGGCUCUCCCUUACGUCUAAUCACAUCGGAUCAGAGCCGGGGCCGAGUCAGACGUUUAACCUCCACUGAGCUGUUAGAUGAUAAAAUGUGGGCGUGUCCCUCAGCUGUCAAUCACUCGAUCGCUCUGAUUCUGGCCUUGAGGUGAUGUUUUACUGUUCAGUCCUUCAGCACUGAUAUAUUAUUAUAAUAUAAAUAUAAUUAUUCAAUGACGGAAAUCUACUUUUAUUACGUUUUUAGCUUUUUAUUUUGCUCACAGCAACCUCACUAACAUCCUUCCUGUUUGGUUUAAUGGUUCUGACAGUAAAUCAGUGGAUCUUCAUUUUGCACCUUCUUGAAACUGUACUGUCCAGGAUUUACUGACGUCAGUGUUUUUCCAAAAUAAAAGCCUGUAUUAUAUUAUA